CGCGCCGCUUAGUUCACUCGUUGAACGAAUCUCGUUCGUUCGCCAGUUUCGUGCGCCGCGUUCGCGAGUGCAGUGCUACCAAUGGUACCAUGGCCUUAAAAAAGGAUUUCGACCUGCCAAGAAACAUUUUCAAAGUGAAACUACCUAAAUCGGUGAAAUUACAACAAGCGUUCGACAGGCUGUUCAAAAAGAAUAGCUACACCAAAAUAGUGCAAAGUUAGUAUGGCUGGUGACAGUGUUGAAAGCAAACCCCAUUUUAUUACAACAGAGACAGAGUUUAUAGGCAAAGGUGAUCAUACACACACAAAACAUAGAAGGAGUAGAAGUAGAAGCGCAAACCGUUUGACACCUUCAGCGUUAAGUUUGUCCGACGAACAUUUUUACCAAGACCUCGAAGAUUACGUGAAAGAAAUGACGAAUACAACAGAAAAUAUGGAACCAGACGUGUGGACUCAGCUGCAGCAGAAAGAGUCCGAUUUGCUGCUGGCAGCAGAGUUGGGGAAAGCACUUUUGGAUAAAAAUGAGGAGUUGAAAAAGGAGCAGGAGAGGAUUACAGAGGAAUACUCCAAAAAACUUGAGGAGUUGGAGCAAGAGAAGCACCUGCUGAGAUGUCGGCUGGACACGACACAGGGCGAAUAUGAGGCGCGCAUACUGGAACUGCAGAAUGACAUUCGGGAGCUCACCACCAAGAUCGGCUCAAGGGACACUUCGGUCAAACAGCGCGAUGAAGAGAAAGCCAGCCUUAUUGCGGAUCUGACGGCACAGAACUCGCGGCUGACCGCACAGCUGAAGGAAUCUUCUGCAACGGAGGCGCAGUUGAUGGCACAGCUGGAGGGCCUGAAGGAUCAGUGUUCCAUGAGGAAGACAAGUCUGCAGGACCACGUACACAGCCUGUCAUCCCUCAAAGCAGAGCUGGCUCUGGUGAGCGACAAGAAGGCCGACCUGGAGCGGAGAUUGACGGGGUCCUUGCAGGACAAGGAAAACCUCACGCAGCAGUUAGAAGAAGCCCACGACAGGAUCGUGGCUCUCGAGAGGCAACUCAAAGAACAGGAACACCUCUACCACAACACCCUCAAAGAGCUCGAACGCCUCCAACGCUCGCACGACACCUUAGCCGAGAGGAUCGGCACCCCAGACGCCACAGAUGUCACUGAAUCAGCCAGAUCCCUACAUGCUGAGAUGGAAACUGAGCCAGACGAUGAUGAUGAUGAUGGGUGGCUAAGGAAGGAGGCGGUGCAGGUUUAUAAGCAGUUGAGGUCGCUGUCGCUGCAGUUGAAUACGGGGCAUGAUGAUGAUUCAGGCCUACACUCCGACCUAUCCAUCUCGUCUCUCGACGGCGACGAAGCCUCGACCCUCCGCCGCGGCGCCCUACUCGCCGCCUGCGCGGACGCGGUGGCCGCGUACGCAACGUUGGAGGGAUCUAGAGUGCGCGACUCCAUCGCCGCGCAUGCGCGUAGAGCGUUAGACAGAGAGAGGCAGAUUGAUGAGAAGAACGAAGUGAUCGCGGAUCUAUCGUCUAAGUUAUCCGUGGCAGAAGUAGAGCUGCGCGCUGCGGCUGAAGAGAGAGACAAACUGCUCAACGACGCCAACUACAGCAGCCUCCAGAACGACGAGGCCGUCACUCAGGCCAGGCGGGAGAGGGACGAGGCGAUAGAGAGGAAGAAGACAGCUGAGGUAUCGCUCGCCAAGACCCGAGUGGAGCUGAUGCAGGCCAACAGCCAGCUGUACGAGGCGGUGCGGCAGAAGGUGGACUUGGGUCAGCAGCUGGAACAGUGGCAGAUGGACAUGCAAGAGCUGAUCGACGAGCAGAUGAAGCACAAGCUGACGUCCGAGAAGCGCCGCAAGCUGCCGGAGCCGCCGGCGCCGACGCGCGCCUCGCGCCUCCUCGGAUUUUUUCAACGGUGAUCUGUUGCACGCUCUUGGGGCCUCUAGCCAUAGACAAAACCAUAUCAACUAUCACACUGUUAAUCGUUCAACAAUACGACCCCUUUACAUUUAAUUUCAUCGCCGCUUUCGGCCUGACUUUUUACGACA